AAUCAGACUGCGUCCAUUCAAAUAUGUUUUGCCCGUGAAACAACAAAGUCAAUCCUCAUGACUUUGACCAAAUUAAAGAACACAUGUGUUGAUAUGUAUAAGUAUAUAUAGAACCCUACUCACCACUUUAUAUAAUUAUCUUUCAGAAAAAAGAAAAAAAAAAUAGAAGAAGAUAAAUGAUGGAAAUGGAAAAAGUUAGCAGCACAGUUACAAAUAAUUGCAACAAAUUAGAAGCAGAAGAUCAUGAUGAAGAUGAAGAUGUUGCACUUCCAGGUUUUCGAUUUCACCCGACGGAUGAAGAACUUGUAGGGUUUUAUCUUCGGAGGAAAGUUGAGAAAAGACCCAUUGGCUUAGAACUUAUCAAACAGAUCGACAUCUACAAAUAUGACCCUUGGGAUCUUCCAAAAGCUAGUAACAACAAUGGAGACAAGGAAUGGUACUUCUAUUGCAAAAGAGGAAGAAAAUACAAAAACAGCGUAAGACCUAACAGAGUAACGGCAGGUUCUGGAUUUUGGAAGGCUACUGGUAUUGAUAGACCUAUUUACAGCUCUAAUAUUACGAACGGAGAUCAAGUCCGCAAAUGCAUUGGCCUAAAGAAAUCAUUGGUGUACUACCGUGGCAGUGCUGGAAAAGGCACAAAAACUGACUGGCAGAUGCACGAGUUUCGACUUCCUACAGAAAAUGAUAAAUCAACCAAACACCUUGAUGCUAACAGCAUUGCUCAAGAAGCUGAAACAUGGACUCUUUGUCGAAUCCUGAAACGAAAUGCUUCAUAUAGGAAAUCAAUACCAGAUUGGAAAGAAGUAGCAACAAAGCAGCGAAAUGCAGUUGUUAAUAUGGAUGCAGGCUCCAAAAUACGCAAUAAUAAUGUUGAUUCUUCAAAUAAUUCCCAGAUUUACAUCAGUUUUAGCAGUACUCCAGUGAUUAAGCAGAAUACUUAUAAAGACAAGACAGUACUGCCCUUGAUUGAUCAUGCUGAUAUAAAAACAAACAACCAGCAGUUUGUAGGGCAACAAAGUGAUGAAAAUAUUCAAUCAACUGCUGAUGCAGCAUCCAAUUCGAGCUUACUGAAUAGUCCUCUGGAGUUUAACAACUGGUUAGAGCAUGGGAACUGGGAUGAACUUAAAUCUAUUAUGGAGCUUUCUAAUUUUGAUCCUUAGUUUUAAUUUUCUACUAGAAAUUAUGGAUAAGUGAACAACUCACAUUGUAAUAUACCGAUCAGAUACAAUUGUUUUUUUUUUUUUUUGGAUUUAACUCAUAUACACUAACGGUUGUGUAUAGAAUUUUUAAGCUAUAAGUAUACUUUGACAUAUUAUAGCAAGUUAUUUGCUUUUCAGGUUACCAGUCAUACUUAUUUAUGAGCAGUUAAUUAUAUACUUGUAAAAUAAAUUAAAAAGUAAUAAUAUCACAGAUG